CACUCAAAUCAUCAACAGCUGCAGCGAAAAGAAGUAGCAGCAGCAGAAUAAAGGCUGAUCAUUCAAACAGGAGGAAGAACAAUGGCGAUCCAGCACGGUUCUGGGCUCGGGUUACUACGUUGUAUUGUUCUCUUAUGCUCCGUCGGAUUCCUCUGUUUCGUUACUGCAGAAGCUGCGGUGAAGAAGUAUCAGUUCAAUGUUCAAGUGAAGAAUGUGAGCAGACUAUGCAACGCUAAGCCGAUCGUGACAGUGAAUGGGAUGUUCCCUGGACCGACCAUUUAUGCCAGGGAAGGAGAUCAAGUUCUUAUUAACGUCACCAAUUCUGCACAAUACAACAUGUCCAUUCAUUGGCAUGGACUGAAGCAGUUUCGAAACGGUUGGGCUGAUGGACCGGCAUACAUAACACAGUGCCCCAUCAAGCCAAGCAACUCCUACACUUACGCCUUCAACAUCACAGGCCAACGAGGCACGCUGUGGUGGCACGCUCACAUUCUGUGGCUCCGAGCUACGGUCUAUGGAGCUAUCGUCAUUAUGCCAGAAACACCCGCUCCGUUCCCUUUCCCUCAACCUCACCAGGAAACCAACAUCAUCUUAGGGGAAUGGUGGAACUCGGAUGUUGAAACACUCGUCAACCAGGCUAACCAAUUGGGAUUGCCUCCACCUUCUUCAGAUGCUCAUACCAUCAACGGGAAGCCUGGCCCUCUUUUCCCUUGCUCCGAGAAACACACAUUUGCAAUGGAAGUGGAGUCAGGAAAGACAUACCUCCUCAGGAUCAUCAACGCAGCACUCAACGACGAGCUAUUCUUCGCAGUGGCAGGCCACACCAUGACCGUUGUAGAGAUCGACGCGGUCUACACCAAGCCCUUCACGACUCGAGCCAUACUAAUCGCUCCAGGCCAGACCACAAACGUCCUCGUUAAAGCUGACCAAACUCCUGACAGGUAUUUUAUGGCUGCUAAGCCCUUUAUGGACGCACCAGUUCCUGUAGACAACAAAACCGUGACAGCAAUUUUCCAAUACAAAGGCAUUCCCACCACCAUCCUCCCCAAGCUCCCCACUUCAUUACCGGCCUCGAACGACACCAAAUUCGCCCUCGACUACGCCUCCAAGCUCAAGAGCCUCAACACAGCUCAGUUCCCAGCCAAUGUCCCUCUUAAAGUCGACCGACACAUGUUCUAUACAAUUGGAUUGGGGAAAAACCCAUGCCCGAGCUGCCAGAACGACACCAAAAUUUCGGCAUCACUGAACAACAUCACGUUCGUGAUGCCGAAAGUUGGCCUGCUACAGGCACAUUACUUCAACACUUCAGGUGUUUUCAAGACCGAUUUUCCUGACAGGCCUCCCAAGUCAUUUAACUACACCGGGGCGCCUUUAACGGCUAAUCUUGCCACUUCUUUGGGGACCAGGCUGAGCAAGGUGGCUUUCAAUACGACCGUGGAGCUGGUGCUUCAGGAUACGAAUCUCCUGACGGUCGAAUCGCACCCAUUUCACCUCCAUGGCUACAACUUCUUUGUGGUUGGCACCGGUGUCGGUAACUUCGACCCGGCAAAAGACCCUGCCAAGUUUAACCUUGUGGAUCCACCUGAGAGGAACACCGUUGGGGUGCCGACUGGUGGGUGGACCGCCAUCAGGUUUCGAGCCGAUAACCCGGGAGUCUGGUUCAUGCACUGUCACUUGGAGCUUCACACAAUGUGGGGAUUGAAGAUGGCUUUCGUCGUGGAAGAUGGUAAAUCUCCUGAACAGAAGGUUUUGCCUCCACCAAGUGACCUUCCCCCUUGCUAAUUACAAAAGGGGAAAAAACAACGUCGUGUUUGUAUCGAGUUUGAAGAAGUUGGCUUCACAGGAAAAAUGAAGACCUGCUAUUGCC